UUGUGAUCACGUGGUCAACGCGUAAACACGUGCCACAAUUGAGCGCGAAAAUUUAGUCGACGCAUGCGUAGAUAGGGACAUUGCAAGUCUAUCGUGAUGAAUAUUCGACUAAGGCGGAAGGCACGAGAGCAGAGUUCUAAGCUAAAUUCGUAUCCUCAUCAAUGUCAACUGUACAAGCUGCCUCCUGUGGAAGACAUCAGUUUAGAAGAGUUUGAACGUUUGGCUGUUGAUCGAUUGAAGUUGUUGCGAGACGUUGAGUCUGCAGGAAUAAAAUACAAACGUGGGAGCGGGGAGUACAAUUCCCUGCUCAAGAAAGCCUCAAAACACAUGGAGCUACAUCGAGAAGACACGACCAAAUCACUCACUGAAUUGUACGAAGAGAGAAGACGUGAUCAUCUCUCUCAUUUUAUAUUGAGACUAGCCUACUGUCAAUCUGAGGAUCUCAAACGAUGGUUUAUUGCACAAGAACUGGAUCUUUUCAGAUAUCGACUUGAUGAUUUGUCUAUGGCUGAGCUUGACUCGUUCAUGAAGUUAUCCGAUCUUCAUUACAAUCAGAUCUCUGACAAGGAAAAAAAAGCCAAAAGGUCUUCACUUGAAGCCAGCACAUUUAAAUCAACUAAAGAGUCAAUAGACGAGACGACAUACUUCAAAAUUCAUUUCACUGAGGCUCUUGAUCUUGUACGAGGGAGGAAGGUCUACAUAGAGAUGGGAUAUGCGUAUGUGCCACAUCAGGAGCUUGUGUCAAUCAUACAAGGAGUGUUUAGGCUUUCGCUGUCACGACAUCUUGCGAUUACAGCUCGGUCUCUGCCUACUCUUGAUGAAGACGAUCGGCUAAUGCCAAUGCUCAACAACUUGAGUCAUUAUUACGUUGGCGAGAAUUACACAAAACAGAGUGCAAAUCGUGUGACUCCUGAACAAGUGGACCAUUUGUCACGUGAGUCUUUCCCACUUUGUAUGCGGCAGCUGCAUCAAGCGCUACGAGACAAUCAUCAUCUCAAACACUUUGGAAGACUUCAGUAUGGUCUGUUCCUGAAGGGUAUUGGUAUGACACUGGAAGAUGCAUUACGAUUUUGGAGGACAGAAUUUGUGAAGACAAUGGACGGUGAGAAGUUUGAGAAAGGCUAUUCGUACAAUAUUCGUCACAGUUAUGGGAAGGAAGGGAAGCGAGCCAACUAUACUCCUUACAGUUGCUUGAAGAUCAUCAUGUCAAAUGCUCCUGGGCCAGGUGAUUAUCAUGGUUGCCCAUUCAAACACACCGAUCCUGACCUUCUCAGGCAGCGUCUUCGUGCAUACAAACUACAAAAAUCAGCAAUAGAAGAGGUCAUGGAGUUGGUGAAAGGUCAACACUAUCAGCUUGCGUGUGUCAAAUACUUUGAAUUGACACACAAGGUGUCAGAUCCGUUUUUCUUGCUAAACCAUCCUAAUCAAUAUUACGAUGAAAGUCGCCGUGUCCUCAAAGGCGACGACGCUUCCGUCAAGACACAAAAGAUGGAUCUGGACGACACGCCCACACAGACGACGUUUGACGAGUCGGAAACAUUCAGCGACAUUCGGGACGACAGCCUAAUGGAAAUGGACGAGAGCAGCAUAACUGACGAACCCGAAUUAUGUAUUCAAUAG